AUUUUUCUACUGCACAGCUGAUCUACUCGUGACCACACCACAACCCGUCACGAAAGACUCUAAUUUUUAUCAUUUAAAAUUUUAAUCAGAAUCAGUUCAGGUUUACAGUGAAGAAUUAAAGAUCAAACAUGGUUCGUCUGUUGACUGUUCAUGGCUACGAAGCUUUGACUAAAACAUUGAACGGAAUGAAGGGCUCUGUAUUCGUCUUAUUCAGUGGUAGCCCAGAUGAAAGUGGUGUCAGUUGGUGUCCAGAUUGUACCAAAGCCGAGCCAGUUAUAAAUCGUAACCUUGACAAGGCCCCAGAAGAUGCAGUGUUGAUACACUGCCAUGUUGGGGACAGAGACUAUUGGAAAAACAUGAACAAUGAAUUCCGCAAAGAUCCAAAGUUAAAGGUGAAAUGUGUCCCUACACUUGUUAGGAUUGGCUCACCCCACAGACUAGAAGAAUCAGAGUGUGCCAAGGAUGAUUUGGUUGAAAUGUUGUUUGAAGACAAUUAGUUUACAUGUCAAGGAGAUUAGGUUUCUCUGUCAAAUUUGCUAUAGUUUUUCAAUAUUAACAUGAAUUUGUAUUUUAAUUUCUUGUCUUUAUGUCAAUGUGGAAUAAUUUGCCAACAUCAUUCAUUCAUUCAUUUCAGACAAGUAGUAAAAAAAAUGAUAGUGUACUUAUUUUAGUACAGUAUGGAAUAUAUAUUUGGAAUAUUAUGAUUAAAUACAUGCCAUUCACUGAGAAGAGUUAAAAAUGGAUUUAUAAGGCAGAUGUUUACAGUAAAACCUUUCAUUGGAAGUGGUAAACUUUUUGUGUCGUUAACAUAUGCUUGUGCUUUUUUUUUAGUCCAGUAAAGAUAGUUGACCAUAGGUAAAGAUAGUUGACCAUAGGUAAAGAUAGUUGACCCAGGUAAAGAUAGUUGACCCGGGUAAAGAUAGAUGACCCAGGUAAUGUGUAAUUAGUUAAAAUGUACAUCAAAUCCAAUCAGGAUCAACUCUAAUGUUCUGUAGCUACAUUCAAGUACGUUUGGGUUUUAUUUUUUGGAUCCUUUUUUUUUUUUUAAUAUAGAUCACAAUGUGCAAGAGUCUAUCUACUCUUACAGUUUGUAACACAUUAUCAAAUAUGUUCCUAGGUUGCUGACAUAUUUGUGGACACUGCAUACCAAAUAAUGUAAACAAAGGGGCGCUACCCUAAUCUAUUAUCCACAAACAUUGCCUUCACAACCACAACAUAGUAGGUUCAAAAUAUAAUUAGAUGCUAACCAAGGGUGCUUGAUAGUUUUAUUGAACUUAUGGAUUCAGUUUUAAGAUGGUGUUUAUGUUGUAUGUCACUUAUUUAAAAAAAAAAGCAUUUAAUUAUUGUAAUAACUUUAUGCCAAACAGUUUACAGCCAUGUAGUUAGACAUUCUUUAGCAGAGCCUCCAUGCUGGGCAGAAGGUGAGUUACUCAGUGUAUGGAUUAUAACCAGUUUUAUGGAUUAUAACCAGCUUUAUGGAUUAUAACCAGCUUUAUGGAUUAUUACCAGUUGUAUGGAUUCACCUUUUAAAUUAAUGUACCGGUUGUUUUGUAUAAUUGAAAACUGUGAAUGAAUGUAUCAUUAUUUGAUAGAACAAUUUAUUCAUGAGAUGCAUUCAUUAUAUUUAUAUAUAAAUGUUUACAGUUGUCAUUCAAAAAUGGGUUUGUGGGUUGUCUGCAGAAUGUAUCUCUCCUGAUCUUGUCAUCACCACAGGAUUUCUCUUUAACAUUUUUACAUCUGUUUGUUGCAUUUAGUUUUACAUAGUUCCCUGUGGAGAAAGUGUAAAGAGAUAAAGAUGUUUACAACUAUGUAUACUCUUAAAUUCUUUUAAUGUUUUAAUAUACUAACUGAAUGAAAUGCUUCAAAUAA